AGAGAACUUUUUUAGUUGUAGCCGUCAGCCUACAGUGAGGUCCAGCUGUGCACCACCUCCCACCUGGCUGCAUACAUUUUUCGGCUCUAAAAGCUCACUGCACCCAUCACUCGUCGGUGGCGUCCACUCAGGCUGUUUUACCUGCCAACAUGGAAGAUUCAUCAGAGCAGUCCCACUGGGUGUCUCCAUCCCUGCUCAGCUCAGACCCCCUGGCCGCUUUCUCCUCUGAUUCUGGCCUGUUGCCUCCGGGAGAAGAGGGUGAGACGUUCUUCACCGGCCAGGACACUGACUACACCAGCCUGCCCUCUUUCUUCUCCACUCCAAGCCUCAGCCGAGCGCCAGCUCCUUACCGACACGGCUCUGUUCGACCAAUGUUCAACUCACCGAGCCUGCUCAGCAACCUUCAGCUGCUGGAUGGGCUGCCCAGCCACUCUCUGAGCUCACCCUACAAUCCCCCAGUCUCCACCUGGAGCAGCAGCCCUCUCACUAAGACGCCAUUGCAUUCGCACACCCCGACCUCCCUCUACACCCCUGGAGUGACCUCCUCUUUCACCACUUCCAGAGAUGGAUACUCGUCUCCGGGCAGAGAGGGCAGGGAGAGUCCCCAUUUUCAGGAGGCCCUCAAGGCAGAGCGCCUGAGCCCACUUGGGGGGUCUGGGGCCAGCAGCAACUUUCUCAACCUGACUCCUGCAGCUGGCAGCGUGUACACUCCAUCAUCCCACCCACACAUGCUAAGCCCCUACAGCUCAUACAUGAGUGGCCCACAGGACUACAGCUCUGCUGCCCUCUACUCCAGCCCUGGAGCCUGGAUCAACCCCUCGUACUCCCCUAAACUCCGUAACAAGAUGAGGAUAUCCACUCCAGAGGCCAGAGAGUGUGUCAACUGUGGAGCCACAGCUACCCCUCUGUGGCGCCGGGAUGGUACAGGCCACUACCUGUGCAAUGCCUGUGGACUGUACCACAAGAUGAACGGCCAAAAUAGACCUCUAAUCCGACCCAAGAAGAGACUGAUUGUCAGCAAGCGCGCAGGUACCCUCUGUGCCAACUGUCACACAAGCACAACAACGCUGUGGAGACGCAACGCCAACGGGGAACCUGUGUGUAAUGCCUGCGGACUCUACUUUAAACUGCAUAACGUUAACCGGCCUCUCACCAUGAAGAAGGAUGGAAUUCAAACACGUAACAGAAAAGUCUCCAGCAAGAACAAGAAGAGCAAGAAGGCCGCCUUGUUGGAGCCGUACAUGGAGGUGACUCAGCCGCCCUCCCUGGACGACAACGGUGGGCCCUUCUCCCUCGGCCCCGGGACUCUCCUCACCUACAGUCACUCGCCUCACCUCAUGCCUACACCGUCCCCGAUCCAUCCCUCUGCCAGCUUACCCUACACGCACCACCUCAACUCUGGCAUGGUGCCCACACUAGUGUGACAUAACAGGACGGGCACCUGUGAAUACUCAGACACGAGCCCGCUUCCUUCUAUUGCCAGUUAUUUGUACAUAUGUGUUGUUGGCUGUCAUGCGAAUGGAGUUUCCUGUGUAUUUUACCUGCGUUUCAUCCACAUGUUGUGUUACUGUGCUGACUGGGCACUUGUGUGAAGUCUGAUAAAAUCACUCAGGUUUUGGCAUAUGUAAACACCCUAAUAAGGGAAUUCUCCCAGCUGUAAAUAUAAACACAAAUCUGAUUUACGGUAUCUGUGUGACAAUUCUUCUUUUAUUAUUCUUAAAGUAAAGCUAUACCUUAGUUUUGUGCUUCAGGGGUCUGUUUUGUAUUUGCAUAAUUCUUAUUACCAUAUUAAAACUCUAAAGAAAAAAAAUGCGUGACUUAUUCUGUUUGACUUAUGAAGGCUUUUGUUUUAAGUCAUUUGAAUCCUCAGCUCUCUGAGCUAACCACAGCAAGGCCUGCUGUGGGAGGUUAUUGUACUCCCCUGCCCUGGUAUAAUGGUGUCUUUGUGCUGGCAGUUCUCCACUUUGACAGUGUAAUAGUACAUAGCGGGUAUGCAAAUCGUCUUUUCCGCAUAAGUGACAAACAUUCAACUAAAGUGCACCACUUAUGGCUGCUUUUAUAUUUAGACGAGCUACAGCACAACUGGACGCACGAGGUCACGUUUGUACUUUUCAUUACUCAUCUCUGUUUGAAUGUGCAGAAGGGGAUUUUUGUUUCAAUUUUACAGUUUUCCACUUUCAUGUCAAAGGUCUCAAACUACAGAGAACGUGUUUAGAAAUCAGAAGACAACAAUACGUUUCAUGACGUCGCUGCCCUUUGCGUGUUUUAUUUUUGCCCAUGUAGGCCAAAGAAAGCCGAGCACAUGUAGAUUGCGAGGUGAAUUCUGCCUUUAAUGAAGUAGAAGAAAAAAUGCACACAUGCACAUUUUUCUCACCAACAUUGAAACUCUUACUGUAGUAAAUGGAUCAGGCUAUUACCAGUCAAAUUUACUUUAACAAAGUAAAGACGAGAUCACGGCUAGAUUGACAAAAUUGUAAAAUAUAUUACAAAGGAAUUAAAAGUGACUUGUGAACAUUUAAUAAACAAGGGCUAGUUUGACUUUUACUUUUUCACUUUAAACUCUAACAGUGCGUGACAUAUUAAGGUGCCAUUAUGUUUUAUUUUGAAAAACCCUAGAGGGACAGCAUUCAAAGACGUGCUGUGUAAGAACAUCUGUGAUUGUGUUAACCAGCUGAAUGCAUUGUUAUCUGAACAAACACAAAGCACUUAACAAUCUAGGUGCACUGACUCCUCAGCCUCGUUUUUGGCUUACCUCUCUGUAGUUUCUGACCUUUGUGCUACAGCAAGUGGAGAAGCAGGAAAUAAAAAAAAGAAAUCCAGAUAAACUAAAAUGUAAAUGCCUAAAAUUAUUUAUAAGUACAAGGGUACAUGCAUUUACUUAAAAUAGGCU